UGUUCCCAAUAAGCUCUCUACUCUCUGGAAGAUAUCUUCUUCGACAUACCGAUGGAUUAUUCAUUCGUAAAGUCACGGACGGACACUGUAAAGAUGUCGCGACAUUGAUGUCCUCUUGACUUUUUCCUCUGGGUCCAGUUUUUGUAAUGAAAAAAAUGAAUAUCGCCUCAUCUCCAGAUGUGGAAGAUGCUGCGGGGAUUGUUGUUUACGGAUAUUUUUAUGAGCGCCAACUUUUGGCGGCAAUUCUUAUCACAGUUGCAGUUCUUGGUACGAUAGGCAACUGCUUCGUCAUCAUCGCCGUCGGUUUAUCCAAGAAACUCAGGACGACCACCAACGUCUUUGUGGUCAAUUUAGCCGUUGCUGAUGUCGCGACGUGUCUCUUCACACCGUGGCAGGCCGUGGCGAUCCUGGGAGGGGAUGGCUGGCCGAUACCGAGAGCGACAUGGGUUUGCACCGCCGCCGCCUUCGUAGUUGUCGUCACAAUCGGGUGCAGCGUAAACAAUCUCGCUCUAAUCGCAGUCAACCGUUGGGUGGGCAUCACCAAGUCUCGCUCCACUACCCAUCGCAUCUACACCGCCCGUAAGCUCGCUCUGAUGGUCAUCUUCUCCUGGACCAUACCGCUCGCCUGCGCUUUGACACCAGUCUUGACAGACAUCGGUGAACUUGGCUACGAAGUGCUGUACAAAUCCUGCACCUGGGUAAGAUCGAAUCCCCACACAGAAACUUACAAUCUGAUUAUUGCGGCAGUGUACUACCCAAUACAACUCUGUUUGAUAACCGCAAGUUACCUGUCCAUUUUCUACUACGUCCGUAAGACCUCACGUGCGACGAUUGAAGCAGUACGAGGAGACAAGGCAACUAAGAAGAAGGUAUCAAAGAGACAACUCGAAGUCACCAAGAACUUGAUUUACGUCGUCUUGGCGUUCGUUUUCUGCUUCACGCCCUAUUUCAUUUCUCUCGUAGCCUCUGCCGAUUGGAGUUACCGACUCGUUCCCUGGGGUGCCACCAUUGUGUUGUGUAACAGCAGCGCCAACCCCAUAAUUUACGCAACCUCGCACCCGGAUUUCAAAGAGAUUUUCGGAUACCUCAUUAGGUGUCGGAAAAUCCCCCACAGCGGCCAAGGUAACAGGUCCAGGACAAAUACACUCACGUUCACUGGUUCCUCUGUGAACCAAGAAUACUCAGUCACCAACCAUCAUCGUGUGUGAUUGUGAUAUGUAUGGGCCAUCGGCUCUGCACGCUCUAUGGGUUUUCAACCCAAGGCAGGAGUUCUGGCUGCACUGGAGGUUCACAUUAUAGGGAAAAUACAACAUUUGCAAACAUCG